UUGUUUACAACAAAUCAGCGCAUGGUUCAUUUUUCGCUUUUUUUUAAUCGUAGUGUAAUAAUUCUAUUGAAGCUGAAUGAAAAUUCUUUGCAUUGUAUAGUGAACGAAAUUAAUUAAAUGUAAAAUUAAAGAUGGCUUCCUUCGAGCAAUUUGUUGUAAAAGUGAAACCAGCACUGGACAUGUUUCUGCGUGUACCGAAUAAGGCGCACUUAGAUUGUUUACGGAGUGAGAUCUUGCAAUUCAACUUUAGACAGAUGAAGGUGUUUCAUGUACAGAUACUGGCUCCACUGGUUUUGAAAUUGGAAGAGGUUAAUGGCCAGGAUAUGGUCACAGGAAUAUUGGAUUGCAUCCGCAUUGUCAUGUCCAAGCUGUAUUUAGAUGAUGUACAAGAGCUGCGUACGUUGCUAGUAAUUGUUUUGAAGCAAAUUCGUGAACCUGGAGCAGUUACAACUCGUCCCAAUUUAAGUGAGGAACUAAAAUUAGUUUCAGUGCAAUGCAUUGCAGAGGCGUUACGUCGUUCUAGUAGCGAUGUACUGGAGUUAUUUUACACAAAAGAAUCCGCAAUGCUGCUGGGUCAGAUAUUACUAUCAUUGGUUGAGUUUGUUGAGAAAACCACAUACCGCAAAUUAAUCAUUGCAUCGCUUGAAUGUCUAAUGACAGUUUUCUAUGUGCACGAUGAAGCAGAGUUCACCGAUGUGGUGCUACGAAACCAAGUCGCUGACAUAAUUUUUAUAUUUUUGCCUAAAAUUAUCACAGUUCUAUUGAAAACUAGUCUCGCUGAUGAAAAAUUAGGCGAAACACUCAAGUCUACAGCCAUUAAAGCACUGGGCCGCGUACUUUGUGUGAUUUUCGAGCAAUCAAACGAAGCAGUAUUAAAAUGCACCUAUGAUAAGGAUGUUUUUAAACAUCUAAUUCAUAAGGUUUUACAAAAACAAACCGAACCUCACGAAUUCGACGUAGAUAUGGUCGGUAGUAAAAUCCCAAAGAGUCACAUAGAAGACCGUCUAAAGUUGAUGCAAAGCAAUGGCCGUUCCGAGCAAUGGUUUAAAGCUACUUCACUAAAACUGCGCAUAGUUUAUGCACAAACAAGUAUUUUGCGUUCACACGAAUCAGUGCGCGUGCGUACCGAAUAUGCGCGCAUGUGCUGCUCUCUAAUAGAACGUUGUGCCCAUAAUCUCGCAGAAAACUUUCUGAUUUUGCUGGAGAAUAUUGUAGCCAUGUCAGAGGAUGAAGACAAAUGUAUAAAUCACUUGUGUAGACAAACUCUAUCCCAACUACAACAACAAGGCGGUGCAAACGAGAGCAUUUUCGAUGAGUAUGCUGAAAUAUUAUUCGACGAACAUCUGGCGAAAUUGCCGCGCAUCAUAAACCGUUGUGCAGAUGUCGAACAAUACGCGGAGUUGAUUUUUUUAAAAGGCUUUUUUAACAAUUUGAGCGUAUCGCGGAUAAAUUGUUUAUUGUUGGUGCCUAAAAAUUUAGAAAUGCUUUGUAGGUGUCUGCUCUCAGCGAUGGAUAUGAAAAUAAGCAGCGAUUUAUUAAUAGAAGAAUAUGCAACAAGGGAAGUUGUUGUGGCUGACUAUACCGAAUGUACAAAACUUAAGUGGCGGCAAUAUAAAUAUUUAAGUAGCGACCGCUGCGUUAAAAUAGUGCAAGAGAUUUGCGCAAUAUUAGGCAACACAAAAUCAGUCAAUCGUUUGGUUUAUGAUUUCCUAUUGGAGCUGUUGGCGCAAAACCACCAAGCCAUGAAUGAAAUACUGUUGGUAUUACUUUGGGUGGGGACGGGUAUUAAAAAGUCACAUAAAAAUCAUUUGCAAUUGGCUGAAAUGCUAAUUGAGGAAAUCUUGAAUGACCAGCACUGGUACUUAGCGCUGAAACCGGAUGCAAGCUGGCGUUUAAAAGUGGAUAAGCCCACAGACUGGUUUGUGGACCGUACUCCUGGCCUAUAUGAAUCGGCGGUGGAAAUUCGAAUACAAGACUUGGAUUCCGAUGACGAAACGGACUUUGAUGAAGGAAGCAAAUCUCAGCGUGUCACAAUUUUGGAUGCUCAGUUCAAUGUUUUGCAUACCUGUCUGGCUUUGGAUGUUUUAGGCCACUGUGCAUUAUUUUACGGUGAUAGAUUUGACCGUUACAUAUUUCGCUGCCUUCACAAAGUGCUGCUGAAAGUGGCCAGUAGUAACACAAUGGUUUAUCAAGCGGCUAACUUUUGCUUGUUGUCCAUACAAAAAGCGCUGAAAGUCGCACAAGUCACACACUUAAUUGAAACGCAUACGGAUUAUAUCAGUUAUCACUUAAAUACAAUUUUGAAGCGGGCACCCGAAAGUCAUGCUGCCGUCGAUAUACUCACCGUUGCGCUACAACUUAGCAGUUCGAGAUCUCUGCCGCAUUUAGAGAACAUUUUUCAGACAAUACACGACGAGUUUAGCAAAUGCAAACACUCUGAGAAUAUAAAUGCCUUCUUGCGUGUAUUUAAUGCCUUUUUGAGCCACGUUGAACGGUGGCAAACAACUAGCAAUGCUGAUGUUGCGUCUGUGCCAAUGCAAGUUGAAGAUACGCAAGACGGCGGCGAUCCGCUACAAAUUUGGUUGGAUAUUUUGGAGAAACCCAAUCCAUUUGUAGAAAAUGAUGAAAAUGUGAAUUUGGAUGAUGAAUCAAAAGAAGCAAAGACUGCACCAGACACUACAGUUGAUGUUGAUAUGCAAGAUGAAGAGAGGGAUUUGAAGCCACAACUGCCACGUCAUAUUGAGAUGGUGAAACAAAUACUAAAUCAAGUACUAAAAUAUGUUGGCUUUUUAGAUAAAACGCAUCAGUUACUUGCGCUCGAGUGUUUGAUUUGUGGCGUACCGUUGCUGCGCGACUAUGAAGAUGAGCUUCUGCCAAUUGUGCACUUGAUAUGGUCACCGUUCGUGGAGAAAUUUCGUAACAGUGAUGCUGUUGUUUUGAAUCGUUGCUUUACAUUGCUGAAUGUGCUGGCGACAUACGCGAAGGAGUUUAUAUUAAAGCGUAGCAUUGACGACGUGAUACCGUACUUGAAUGAUUUCUUGAGAAACGCAGCUAAACAUAGUCGGUCGGAGACAAUUACCGCCCAAACACAAGAGUAUAAACUACAACGCAUUCUGCUUGCUAACUUUGCCAAUCUCAUUGAAAGCAUACAAAUCGAUGGCAGGCAUUUAAAUGAAAUCGCCGAAAAUGUGUCUUUAUACCUUGCAAAUGAGCAGCCGAGGGAACUGCAAGAGUUAGCGAUUCAGUUUUACAAAAGUCUUCACUUAUAUGAUGGACCGCUGGCGUACAUGGUUGUGGUACAGAAAGCUCAUAUAAGCAACUAUAAGGAGAAUGCAGAAAAAGUGCUGAAGAAUCUGUUUAAGACCGAAAAUCUAGCUGUAAUUAAGUAAUGUAAUUGGUUAAGAAAUAUAAAACUAUUAUUUUUAUAAGAAAUA